AUGAGGAACGAGCCGCCGAUAUCCGGAUUCGGCAAGACCAGAAGGCGACGGAACAAUAGAAAACGCAAAAACAAAAAUGGGGGCGGCGGAGGCAUUUCGUUGGCGUCAUCAUCGGCAUUGCUGCCAUCGGACAGUGAUGGCCGUUGGCCUGUGACCGGAUACGGGGUUCGACGUGGCAGUAGUAGCGCCGGCUCGUUGUCAAAAGAUGGCCGUACGAGGAGUUGUGGUGGAGGUAGCGACGUUGGGCGUUCGUCGUCCUCUCGCAGACAGGGUUCCCUGCCGCUUCAUCGCAUCCCACCACUGAUCGACUUUGACGCCGAGGGCCAGCUGAAGAUGGUGGACGCCGAGGACAUCGUUGCCGAGUGCUGCGGCGACGGCGGGGACCACAACUGUGGCGACGAACCUCGCACCUCAUCCGCUGGCACCUCGCCUCCCCCACCUCCUCCCCCUCCGAGGUGGUUGCGUGCCGACCGAUGGCCGUCGAACAGCAACGACGACGAGGUCCGAACGCGGCCCUCAGGCGACAAACGCUGCCGGCCCGAUGACGACGGCCGAGCGUCAACGCCAAGGCAUGUCCAGAGAUCCGACAAGAUCAGGAAGAACAAAAAGACGAAGGGCGGCGGAAGCGGAGCUACCGGCGACGAACCGUCCACCUCAUAUCACCCGAGGCACGGGACAAAGACA